CAUUAUCUAUAUCGAAUCGAUAAGUGACCGUGAACUCGAAUUUAUAAAAUAUUGAUAAGCAGUUUGCGCGCGGCGGGCGGCGUUCCUAGACGUGACCUAUUCUAGAUUUCCAUAAUCACGAUGGACGCUGUUGAACCAAAGUCUCUUCUGGAAUACGUGUUGAUAGAACACCGUUGGGUGGUAGUGGUCACCGUGUUGAUGCCGCUAUCCUUCGCCUGGAAAAUCUACACAACCGUCAGGAACUACGUCGUGUUCAAACUCAACAGCGCCCCGAAGGCACACGAGAGGAAAGUGAAAGAGAUUCAGAGGCAGAUCAAAGAGUGGCUCAAAGGCGACCGAAGCACGCAGCUCUGCACCGCGCGCCCCGCCUGGCAGACAGUGUCCUUCCGACAGGGCAUCUACAAGAAAACCUUCACCAACAUCGACAUCAACCUGGUUGAUGUCUUGGAAGUCGACAAAGAGAAUAUGACAGUGCGUUGCGAGCCUCUGGUCACAAUGGGGCAGCUAUCCCGGACCCUGGAACCCUUCGGUUUGGCGCCCGCAGUGGUCCCAGAGUUGGACCAGCUCACAGUCGGUGGACUGGUCAUGGGGACUGGUGUGGAGACAUCCUCGCACAUCCACGGUCUCUUCCAGAACAUAUGCCUGCAGUAUGAGUUGGUGCUCGCUGAUGGAUCCCUUGUGAUCUGCAAUGAUCUUCUCAAUCCCGGUUUGUUCUACGCCAUUCCUUGGUCAUACGGCACGCUAGGGUUCCUGACAUCUGUGCUCAUCAAAGUGGUUCCUGCUAAAAAAUACGUUCGUCUAGAGUACCAUCCAUACACAAGUUUACCAGAGCUAAGCAAUCGGUUCAGAGAGGAGGCGUUGAAGGAAGAACCUCACCAGUUUGUGGAAGCUUUGCUGUUUACCAAAGAGACAGGUGUUGUAAUGACUGGUGAUAUGGUGAAGAAAGUUGGCGAUGAUGGAAAGUGGAAUCCCAUUGGCAGGUGGUAUUCCGAAUGGUUUUUCAAACAAGUGGAGAAAUAUCUCACUGGAUACAAAAAUGGCAAUAAGAAGACCUCUGUAGAAUACAUACCAUUGAGAGAUUAUUACCACAGACAUACACGGAGCUUCUUUUGGGAACUCCAGGACAUUAUACCCUUCGGCAACCACGCCAUAUUUCGUUACCUGUUCGGUUGGCUGAUGCCGCCCGAGAUCUCUCUGCUAAAGCUGACGCAGCCGCAGGCCGUCACCGACUUGUACAACAAGGCUCAUGUUAUACAGGACAUGUUGGUACCGAUAGAAACAUUGGAGGAAGCUAUUCAAACGUUCCAUAAGGAGUUUCAGGUGUAUCCCAUUUGGUUGUGUCCUUUUAAAGUUUUCAACAACCCAGGGCAGCUAAAAAUUCAAGACAAAUCCAAAAAAUGGCAGAUGUUCGUCGACAUCGGUGUUUAUGGGGUUCCCAAAGCUAAGGAUUUUGAAACGGAACCAUCAACUCGACGUAUAGAAAAGUUCGUAACAGAAAAGCACGGCUUCCAAAUGUUGUAUGCAGACACGUACACAAGUCGCGACGAGUUCCGACAGAUGUUCGACCACACGCUCUACGACAAGCUGAGGGAUACACUACCACACUGCAAGGAAGCUUUCCCCGAGAUAUAUGGGAAAGUUAAUAGACACGUCAGGAAAUAAACAAAGAAGAAAGAAAUAAAGAUCUUUAUUUAUAAGUAAUGCCACAUAU